AGCUAAAAAUCAAAAAUACCAUAACCCAAUUUCCUACGUAAAGAAUGGUUCAGUACGAGGAGUUCACAUGUGUGACAUGUACCGGGACAUUUGAUACAGCCGAAAUUCCUAAACACUUGUCAUCCACAAGACACAAAUCGGUCCAGUCCAACGAUGAAGUGAUUGAGUGUGAAGAAUGUGAGGACAAUAAUAUCCACCAGUUGUCCAUUAUAAGGUACGGACUUUCUGAUAUGUCCUUAUUGUGCAAGACUUGUUUCGACAAGGAAGAUAAGAGCACAGACGAUUCAAUUGUUCAGUAUUCUUUGUCGAAUGGUGCAUUUUUUUCCAAGAUCGGUUAUUAUUUUAGGUUCAGAGAUAUUGAGUGCAAUGAAUGCCAAUCGGAUAGAAACUUAUUUGUGGGUAACCCUUCGAAAUCAAGCCAAAUUAUCUUUUGCAAACAGUGCUUAGAAAAGAAUCCAAAGAAAGGAGUUUCAUUUGUGAGCGAAAAGGAUGACAAGUUCUUAUACGAAUUAUUGGGAAUGAAGGAUGCUGUGCCUACCAAAUCACAAAGUCAUGGCCGCAAACGAACAGUGGGACGUAAAGGAGGUAAGGCAGGAAAGGAGAGUAGAAAGGGACCAAAAAAAUUUGAUCCUGAACAAGAAGCUAGAAAAGCCCAUUAUUUGGCCACCAAGCAAAAUGCAUCUGCCCUCAAGUCUGGUACAACAGUAAAAGCUAUUGGCUCAAGCAUUAUUGGAUCUAAAGCAUCAAGUGCCAAAGGUUCUAAAAAGUCUACGCCUAGCGGUUCAGCUAAGGCUACACCCAAGUUCCAAUCGCCUAACCCUUCUAACAAAUCGUCUAGGGUCAAUACUCCUAUGUCAUCGUUGCAAAACUCAGCUGUUAAUACCCCAAGAUCUUCUACUCCAGAAUUGAGAGGAAAACAUAAUGGAAACAGCAAUGGUGAAGCAAAACAACAGACUGGAUUAAAAACUGACAGAAAGGUUCCCAACCCAAAGAAGGCUUCUGAUGCAGAAUCCAAGUCCAAGGCAACAAAUCAACAUGUUAAGGAGCCUAAAGCUGGGAAAAAGGGAGCGAAGACCGCAAACGAGAAUGGUCAAGCUAAGGACACUAAGGAAGCUAAGAAAAAAAAGGGACCAAAACAGACCGAGUUGAAGGAAGCAAAAUCCGAUCAAAAGAAAGAAGCAAAAGAACUGAAAUCUGCGAGGAACAAAGUAAAGGAAUCUAGUGCUCCCAAAGAAAACACCAAAAAGAAAGAAUUAUCCCAGAAAAAGGAUGUAUCUCCUUCCAGCAACGGAGCAUCUUCCGAACAAGAGCCCAAGGAGUCCCUUAUACCUCGUAAUACCCCUACUUUGACUUACGAAUCGAUAGAGGCCUACUUCAGAGAAAUGAGUUACAAUUUGUUCUUAGAAGAACAAUUGACUAACGAUAGCAAUAUAUUGGACUCGGAAGAUCUAAUGAUCGAGUGGUUUGCAGAUCAGGAUAAGAAAAACUCACAGUUCAAGAUCACCAUUGACACUACUAAUCCGAAUAUCAAAAGAUUAAUUCCAGAGAAGCUAAGGUCUUUGAAAAAGACACCAUUUGCUGUGGGUAACUCCAUAUUCUUAAUUUUGAACGAUGAAAUUCCAUGGUAUGCUAAUAUAGCAACAUUGGACAUAGUUAAGGAAAGGUCUAGUGGAUCAAAAAGGGGUCGUGGUGGUCGUGGCCGAGGUGGUAGAGGUGGCCGUGGCCGUGGUCGUUCAAGCGCAAGCAACGGUCCAGAACUCAAUGAGAUGAUCGUUCAACUUUAUGGUUGGAACGAUCGUCCAUUGCCAAAGGAUGUGAACGUUAAAUUCUUAAAGUUCUUACCUGCAAGUGUUCCUGUCAGUAGAGUUUUCCUGGCUAUGACAAAUUUAUCCAACCCUAGUUUUAUCAAAAUGUUACUCGGAAAAGAACCAAUCAAACAAAUUGUUUUUAAGAAUUUUUUGAAGUUUAGCAGGGACACUUUGAAUGAUUCUCAGAAAGUUGCUAUUCAAUCUGUGUUAAAUAAUGCAAUUACCGUUUUGCAAGGUCCCCCUGGAACUGGUAAGACCUCUACAAUUUUCGAGAUUAUUCUUCAGUUGUUGGACUCUUUGAAUACCUAUCCAAUUUUAGUUGUUGCAGCUUCAAAUAUUGCUAUUGAUAAUAUUGCGGAAAAGUUAUUGCCAACUCAUAAGAAUCACAUUCUUAGAAUAGUUGCCAAUGAAAAGGAAAGAGAAUAUAACAAGGAGCAUCCUUUGGCAUCCAUUUGUUUACACCACAAAUCGUACAAUGCCUUGCCCUUGAAGUUCCAACAAUUGGUUGAUGAUAUGAGAAGAGGCAAUCCUAUUAGUGCUACCGCUCACAAAAACUAUUUAAAGGAACAAUUUGAAGUGACAAAGCAAUUGGUGGCACAAGCUAGAGUCAUUUUCACAACCACAGUUGUCAGUGGAGGUUACCAAUUUAAAUCUGUUGCCAAAUGUCCAAUUGUGAUCAUGGAUGAAGCCACCCAAUCAUCAGAACCAACAACGUUAAUCCCAUUGUCGAUGAAGGGUAUUGAAAAGUUUGUUUUUGUGGGUGAUCAAAGACAAUUGAGUUGCUUCUCCCUUAUUCCAAACUUAUCCCUAUCCUUAUUUGAAAGAGUUCUUCUUAACAGCACGUACAAGAAUCCCCAUAUGUUGGAUAUUCAAUACCGUAUGCAUCCAGAUAUAAGUGAGUUCCCAAGAAAUAGAUUUUAUGGUGGUUUACUUAAGGAUGGUAUUUCUAAAGAUCAAAGAAAGUUGGAUUCCUGGACUGAAGAUCUGGUUCAGUUCUUAGAUACUAAGGGCCAAUGUACAGAAUCGUCUGUCCGCAACAGAUUGCGUGAAGAUGGAGGAUACACUUUCACAAAUAGAGGUGAAAUCAAGCAUAUACUUCAAGUGUUGAAGACAAUGAUUUAUGACAAGAAUAUCGCCAGGACUGAUAUUGGAGUUAUCACUCCAUACAGUGGUCAGCGUGAUUUAAUUUCUAAGUGUCUUCAGCAAGAUGAAUUUGUCAAUCCACAAGGUUUGAACGUUGAAAUUGAGGUUGAUAUUGAUGAUAUCAGAAACGACUCCAAGCCUGUAACUAUCCAUUUGGUUUCAGGUAUCAUGAUCGCGUCUAUUGAUGCCUUCCAAGGACGUGAAAAGAAGUUCCUUGUCAUGUCUUGUGUCAGAUCUAACUCUAAAAAUACUAUUGGAUUUUUGAAGGAUGAAAGAAGAUUGAAUGUCGCAUUGACCAGAGCUCAAUAUGGCUUGAUUAUGAUUGGGGAUGCCAAUUGCUUGUACAAUUCCGACCCGUUAUGGAGGGAAUACAUUGGUUAUUUGAGAGACAAAAACUGGGUUAAAGAAAUCACUGGGUAAUUUUCGAAGCUAUAUGGAGCUUAGAUAGGCAUUAUAUUUUGUGACCAAACAAAUAGAAUAAUAGAGCUGAUUUUUCGAAUUAAGUACGUAGAUUUAGCGAAGUAAUUUCAGCAAAUGGAACUUGAU